AUGUCAACGAUCAAGGUAUAUGUAGCCAUAUCCGACGACGGCGGUGUUUACAAGCACUGGGCUCUUUUCAUUGACGAGCCCGAAGCGGACGAAAUCUUGCUCAAUGCCAGGGGAUCCGAUGGCGGCUUUCGCUAUGAAACGGAGAGAAGAGAUGUUCGUCAUGACGAAAGUCUGGUGGAGCUGGUCUACCUUUGUGACGUGGAUGUCGCCAAAGCCAACACGAUCAGGGAUAUUGCAAGGACAAUCCCCGUUCAUAAUGAGAUCUCCGGUUGGAAUUGCCAAGACUAUGUGCUUGAUCUCUUGGACGAGUUGGAAGAAAGGAAAGUCAUGGACAGUGAAGAUGAAGUCUAUCGGAGGCAGAGGACUUAUAUUGCGGGAAAGCAAGAAGGACUGGCAUAA